AUGGCCAAAACCAGAAAGCCCCAGUCAGACCAGGAAUACGCUGCCCAGAGGGACCUAUUCCACUCCAAGGGCCCUCAGCUCAAUACCCAAGACUGGCUCCUGGAGAGAGUCCUUCAAGAUGCAGACUCCAUCGAUCCAGAAACCAAAACCGACCGGGUGGUACUCCUUCAAGCCUGCGAAAAGGCGUACUACCAACAGGACUAUGAGUUGUGUCUCGUGUUGGUGAGAAAGGCAGAGGCCAUCUUGGGCGUGGAGCCGUUUAGUGAGCACAGCUUGGACGAGGAUAUCCAGAAGAAGGUCAAGAAAACCGCCAAAUUGGAGAGGCAUGUGGUCGAACUACACAAGCUCGAAGAGAGAUGCUUACAUAGACUCAAGGAGAGUGCAUGA